UCUCAAUCAUUCGAUCAAUUCUUUAAAGCUUGGACUAGUCUUACUGUUUUUCCUCUUUGCCCCUGCUGCUGCUUCUCAGUAUUAUGUACCAGGCAGCAUUGACCAAAUUGUUAUUACUGUCAUUCCUCUAUACAAUCUUCAUUGCAAAUUGUGCAUGGAAUAAUAAUACCAGGCUUCGCUGUGAGCACUCCCUCAAACGCUAAUCAAGUCAAGGAUCCUUAUAUUUUUUGUAACUAUAUAGACAAAAUUACCCUUGCUUGCAGGCUGUACGAUGGUGUAACUAAUGAAGGAUUGGCCUUUAAUUCUGAUCACUUUGUAGAAUGGAAAAAAUCUUUUUGGAUUGUGUUUUACGCAUAUGCUAUACCUCUGAAUCACUCCUUGACUCGCAUUGAUAUAUACUACUACAGUAAUCCAUCCUUAGGAUAUGGGCUGUAUGGAAUGUCUCGUCUAAAAGUGUUUACUUUUCAUCCUUAUGUUGAUCAUAUUCACUUCACGUUCAUUAAUAAUUAUGAAGUAUCCCAGUCUGAUAAUGACACUAGGAAGCUUUCAAUGAUUGCACUCGACCCAAAGCCACUUACUAAUGAGCACACAUUUAAUUAUUACAUUGGUUUGAAUUUUUUUCUCACUUCAUCAGAUCUUGUAACUCAAACUUUGAUCAGUGAAAUAAGACUCUUUACAGACAAAGAUCCUAUUCCUUUUCCUGCUGUUCCAAUCGUAUUCAAGUCUCCUAAUGAAACACUGCUGCUUGAUAGAGUACAGUCAUCUCUUAACUUAUCCUGCACAGUUGUUAAUAAUGGAACCUUUAAUUGGACUUGGACUGGUCCUGGAGUUAGUAAUGGAGUGAUUAAAGUAGCAGAUACCACUAGGACCAGUAUAUUGAUGUUAUCUAAUAUCAGUGCUGCUGAUGCUGGGAACUAUACUUGCUCUGCCUCUUAUCUAGCAAUGGGUGAAUCAGUAUGGGGUGUCAUAGAACCCAACACAAAUACAAGAACUAUCAAUUUGAUACUGUUUAGUAGUGUAUCAACACCAGCUGAUACUGUGAUUGUAGGAGAAGGGAAUGAUGCCACACUAUCAUGUCUUUUCACUGGAUACCUACCAAAAUAUUAUGGAGUUUCUUGGAGUGGCUUGAUACCUGCAGGAACUGAAUUUAUGGUUGACAAUCUCGAAAACACUCGGUAUAAGAUUCAACAUGGCGGUUCUUCUACUAGUCCAGGUGUAAAGAUUAUCUUAGUAAUAAAAUCAGCUAAAGUAGCUGACAGUGGUCUUUAUACUUGCAGUGUGAGUGGUACUACACUGAGGAAGACUAUAUUACUCAUGGUUGUCACACAAAAAAAAAUUUGGCAAGUAGAGCUAGAAUGAACUAGAAAUGGGUCUCUUAAAAGAACUGAAACAUUCUUUGACAUUAAUGUCAUCAUAAUUAAAAUUAGUUUGAACUAGGGCUAGAAUUUUAAAUAACAUUUAAAGCUAA